UUGCUGCGGCAGCAUCAAAGUUGCCGCCUCACGCGCACGCGCGCGCUCACGCCCAGCCAAGGCUGCUCACGCACGGAGAUGGCGAGGUUCGGUAAGGUUCUGGUCGGGAUCUACGUGGAGAUCAAACGCAGCGACGGUCGGAUCCACCAGGCCAUGGUGACCUCGCUGCACGAAGACAACGACAGCGUGACGGUGGAGUGGAUCGAGAACGGAGACACCAAAGGAAAAGAGAUCGACUUGGAGAGCAUCUUCGCCCUGAACCCUGACGUGGCUCCUGAUGAAGAGCUCCAGAGUCCUGAAGCUGCUCUGCCUCCCAGCAACCUGCCCAAGACCAGCAGAGUGCCCAAGACCAAACGGGUCACAUCAAUACCCAAGCCGGACCACCCUCCGAGAGAGAACCGAGCUGCAGCCGUCGGAACCACCAGAGCUCGACCCAGUCAGGCGAGUCAAUCAGAACCUCCUCCACCUGCCAUCUGCAGCCAAACAGGCCAGAGCCAGACUCUGAUCCAGCAGCAGAAUGCUCGAAGGAAAUCCAACUGUGUGAAGGAGGUGGAGAAACUUCAGGAGAAGCGAGAGAAGAGACGACUGCAGCAACAAGAGCUGAGAGAGAAACGAGCACAGGAAGUCGACGUGAACUUACCAAACUAUGAGAUCAUGUGUAUGAUCCGGGACUUCAGGUCCAGUCUGGACUACAGACCGCUGACCAGCAACGAUCUGAUCGAGGAACACAGGAUCUGUGUGUGUGUCCGUGCUCGUCCUCUCAACAAGAAAGAACUGUCAGUGAAGGACCUGGACGUGAUCACCAUCCCCAGCAAGGACGUGGUGAUGGUGCACGAGCCCAAACAGAAGGUGGACCUGACCCGGUACCUGGAGAACCAAACCUUCCGCUUUGACUACGCCUUUGACGAGAACUCCACCAAUGAGAUGGUCUAUAGGUUCACAGCCCAGCCGCUGGUGGAGACCAUCUUUGAGCGUGGGAUGGCCACCUGCUUCGCUUACGGACAAACAGGAAGUGGAAAGACUCACACCAUGGGAGGGGACUUCUCAGGAAAGAACCAGGACUGCUCCAAAGGGAUCUACGCUCUGUCGGCCAGAGAUGUCUUCCUCAUGCUGAAGAAGCCGUGCUACAAGAAGUUGGACCUGCAGGUCUAUGCCACCUUCUUUGAGAUCUACAGCGGAAAGGUGUUCGACCUACUGAACCGCAAGGCGAAGCUGCGAGUCCUGGAGGAUGGGAAGCAGCAGGUCCAGGUGGUCGGGCUGCAGGAGCGUGAGGUCAAGGUCACCGAGGACGUGCUCAAGCUCAUUGAGAUGGGCAACAGCUGCAGGACCUCUGGUCAGACGUCAGCCAACGCGCACUCGUCUCGCAGUCACGCCGUGUUCCAGAUCAUCCUACGGCGCAGAGGGAAGAUGCACGGCAAGUUCUCGCUCAUCGACCUGGCAGGAAACGAACGAGGAGCCGACACGUCGAGUGCCGACCGUCAGACUCGACUGGAAGGAGCUGAGAUCAACAAGAGCCUGCUGGCCCUCAAGGAGUGCAUCCGGGCUCUGGGCCGGAACAAGCCUCACACUCCGUUCAGAGCCAGCAAACUGACCCAGGUCCUGAGGGACUCCUUCAUCGGGGAGAACUCGCGCACUUGCAUGAUCGCCACCAUUUCUCCAGGUAUGGCGUCGUGCGAGAACACGCUCAACACACUGCGAUACGCCAACAGAGUCAAAGAGUUUGGCAUCAGUCCCUCAGACAUCCCUUUCUCCCAGAGCGGCGGUGGACGCUCCGAACUGUCCCCCACUUAUGAGGACGGGGUCAAGGACCUGGCUAUGGACCCUCUGAUUGCAGCAGAGGCCCGGCAGGUGAGUCAUGUGACCCAGCUGGAGGUUCUGGAGGCUCAGUGGGGCGUGGGCAGCUCGCCACAGAGAGACGACCUGAAGCUGCUGUGUGAGCAGAAUGAGGAGGAGGUGUCGCCGCAGCUCUUCAGCUUCCAUGAAGCCGUGUCUCAGCUGGUGGAGAUGGAGGAGCAGGUUCUGGAGGACCACAGAGCCGUCUUCCAGGAGUCGAUCCGAUGUCUGGAGGAGGAGAAGGUUCUGCUGGAGAUGACAGAGGAGGUGGACUAUGACGUGGAGUCCUACGCCACCCAGCUGGAGCAGAUCCUGGACCAGAAGAUCGACAUCCUGACCGAGCUCAGAGACAAAGUCAAGUCGUUCCGUUCGGCACUACAGGAGGAAGAACAAGCAAGCAAACAAAUCACCCCGAAGAGACCCCGAGCACUUUAGACACCACUGCCUGAGUGUCUGGGUGUGUGUGUGAGUGAGUGAGUGAGUGAGUGUGUGUGUGUGAGUCACAGCUGAAGCUUCAGAAGUGAAAGCAUCAGAUUCUGGAUGUGUUCCUCUGCCAGCAGGAUCAGAACUCACUCAGCUGCCAAUGGUUCUGACAUGCUGCAUGUUGUGCAGCUGCUGUGUGUGUGUGUGUCAUCUACAGAUUCUCUGUUUAAACUGCACAAAUAUGUCUGUUUCUUUUUUUAAUGAAGACUGACCAAGUGAAUUCUGUCCUCCACCUGCACUAUCCUGACUGACCUGCAGGUAGCGCUGCAGUGUAACCUGUCCAGAGGUGAUUCAAUAAAACAUUACUUCUGUUUCUG